GCGAGACGCGGUGUACAUUGAAGAACAUUGAAGUCGGAUACAAGAGCAAGGGGAGUCAGUGCCACGGAUACAUGAGCCGUUGCAUGAUUGAAGUCUGGAGAAAGUAGGAAUACGGACAUAGCAAUCAACAACAAGAUGGAUCUGAACUCCAUGUUGAACUCGGACAGCGGCGCUGGGGGUCGCGCAUCAAGGCAACAGGCCCCGGCGCAAUCACAUCCUCUGCCUCUUUCAAAGGGACCCUCAGCAUCGCCAUCCAUAACCCCAGCGCCACAUACUCCGAUACAACCACACCCACAGCGCGGCGGUUUUCGAGAGUAUAGUCAGUCGGUCCAUGCGUCACCGACUCAAGCCCAGGGCCCUCCACAGUCCGAGUAUCAUCCAGGACAUCCACCGCCAGGACCGCCAUCUCAAUAUGCAUCGCCGACAACUCAGCAUCCGCCCCCAGGAGCCUUCUCCUCGAGACCUGCGCCGCCUCCGCUGCAGCCACCGGGUCCGAACAAUGAUCCGCGGUCGCCCGGAAGUGCACACAUGUCGGGACCUUCGCCUUACCGACACACACCAACUUCGUCCCUCAGCGCGAACAGUCAAGGAUAUCCGUUCCCUCCGUCACACAUACAAGGCCAGCCGCCGCCGAGUCCACAGCAGCGACACCAGUACGGUGCAGGUGCAGGUCCGGCAGGGCCCUAUCGCCAAGACUCGAGAGACAGUUAUGCGUCACCAGGAGGUUCAGUGCCGCCGCCAGUUGGCAUGCCUACACCUCAUGGGUCUGUAUCAUAUUUGGCAGGACAGCAGCAGAGUAUGCCACCCCAAACACCACCUGUGACGACACCUGGUGGAACCCAAUACCCUUACAUGCAUCAUCAACAACAGAGGUCACAAUCAAUGCAGUCCAAAUCGGCUGUGACACCAACAGCAGCACCUCCACAACCGUUCGGUCCGCCUUACGGACCGCAAGGCGGAAGCCCAAUUGCGACGACGCAUCCUCUGCCCCAGCAGCAACAGCAAUUCGACCCAAGGGAUCAAAGGCAAUCGUCGCAACCUCCAACACCGCUUGGCCCACCUGCUGCACCACGGCAAGUAGCAGGUCAAUUUGCGCAACCGUCGAGUCCCUUCCAACAAAGAAUAUCUUCCUCAAUAUCCGCAGGGGCUCCCCCACAUUCACCUUACUCUUCUCAUCCGCCCCAACAGUUGCAGGCUCACGCGCACCAACAGCAACAAGUACAGCCCUCACCCCCACCGCCGUAUUCCGCCUCGCUUCCACAACCACAAUCGCGCAACAAUUCACAGUACGAUGCAGUGAGCGACUCGCACCGCAGGUCGCAAUCGCACGCAUCGCAGGAGCGCGAGCGCAGCCUUAGUGUCUCACCCAAGACUCGCAUUCCAAGCCUCUCGGAUAGCUUGAGCGGAACAGGCCCAGGUUCAGGUCCGGCUCCACAACGACCAUCUUCGAUAGGUGGUGAAUCUGCAGACUACCAACAGCACUACAACCACCCUCAACAACAACAACAACAACAACAAAAACAACAACCACAACACACACCGCCAACUUCUACAAACCACGUAACUACAAUGAGGCGCGAAGGAACCCCGGCGAAGCGAAAGCUCGAAGAUCGCGAUCUCCGUCCCGAAGAGCUUCAAGCGAGCCACCGAAGACCUCCUCCACCACAAUUGAACGGCAACCACAACACUAAAAAUACGAUCUCACAAUCCUCUUCGCCUGUUGCAGCGCGACGAAAACGCAUACGACACACACAGGCCCCCAUCUGGGCACAGAGUGGCAGGAUGGUGCAACCCAAUGCCAGUCGCAACUACACUCUUCGGAGCAAGGAACACGUCGGCGGUGGCAGUCUCCCGAAACAAGUCAACGGCGACACGAAUCACGCACACGUUCAUGCUCCACCCCAGCCUCAACCUCAACCGCAACCGCACGAGAGCAAGAUCAAGACAGAAGUCAAGUCCGAGCACAUCUCCCGACACAAUUCACCCGAGGCCAAUCGCGUCAAGCCUGAGAACUCUGACCACCCCAAUAUCGGAUCAGACAACAGAGCAUGGAAGCUUCUGGAUGGCCGGCCCUUCCCCAUUCAGACCAUCUCUCUCAACAGUCCUCUCGACUACCUCACCCGAGUUGUGGCCGACUACCUCUUUCAAACUAUCUGCGUCAGCGAGUUUGCCGGUGAGUGCAAAGCUCGCGGUAUUCAAUGGGAGAUCGAGGCAAAGCUGGGUACUAUUGUCGACCUGAACACCCAGAACCGUAUCAAGCUGCCCGUCAACGGCGAGUGUGCUAUCACUGGAGAUGCCCGUGUCGCUUUCAGAAGUAGUAUGACAUUGGCACAACAUCGCGUCUAUAAUGAGUGGCUCAACAGCAACCUCGCCACGACCCAUCCGCAAAACCCUCAUACCCGGCCCUACGAGCACGUCCCCAUAUCCUACAAGCAUAGGCGCGAGGUGGACGAGUUCUAUGAGCUGCCUCCGGCGCUGGCAGGUCGCCUGCCCGGCGCCUUGGUCUCUCUUCAACGGUCAAAACACUCGGCUAAGGCCCGUAUCACCCGCGAUCAGCAGACUGGCGACAUCCUAGCCACUAUCGUCAAGGCUCGCGUAUCGGAUCUUCAGAUCCAUCUACCCAUGUGUCCCCUUGACUGCCGCAUCAGCAUCAGUCUGGAAUGGGACUGGGACGGACCGCCCGAUGAGAUCCUUGCAGCGACCGAGGGUCGUCAGAAGUCGCCCAACCGGGCCAAAGAUCGCAUGAGCUACUCCCAGGGACAUUUCCAGGUCGACCUCACACAAGUCAGUCAGACAAACGAGCGUACGGGACAGGUGGAGAAGGAGCACGAGCUCGAGGUGGAGAUGGACGCGGCGGCCCUCAUCGAGCAAGGUCAGAGGGCUCAACGUGAGGAGCCCAAUCUAUACCCGGAGUUGGUGGAGACAUUUGUAAACAAUAUCAGGGCUUUAGCUAGGCAGUGUUCGGAUCAGGAUUAGAGGUAUCGCCAUACAGGGCCCAGACGUGGUCAAAGGAGGCUU